AUGCGGCUUAUACGCUAUGGUCAAAAGAUAACGAAUGAGAUGCCUUUGACAUUAGCGAAAGCUGAUGCCAAAGUAAAUUGGGUGUUAAACUCGAUCGGUGAAGGGCAAUUAACACCAAUUUAUUGCAUGAACAUGGCUCAUCGAGGAUCAACGACCCCUUCCAUACUAGGAAAGAUGCCUCUUCACAUUUCUAUUCAACAAAAUAGAGACAAAGAAUUAUCUGCUGGUGUAAACAUACCAUCAUUUUACAUAGCAGGAUGCCCUGACUUCGUGCCUCACGUAACUUCUGUGCGUCCUUGGGUACCCAAUAAGAAACGAACCAACUCAACUUCAGCCUCCACCGCCUCACGGGGUAUCAUUUCCCGUGCUGUCUCGGUUGAUAUAAGAAAUCAAAUUCUCGAGCACUCACCUAAGUUAUCUAGGGCCACUUCAGAGAGCAUCUUCGGCUGCGGAGGCAAUCAGCGUAUUUACUUGAGCCCUUUCUUACCUCCGGAGGUCUAUAAGCUUUGGUGUAUGGCCGUUAAGGCGUCAGUAGUCGUAGGAGCCAGCUUAAACAAUACAUCACUUUGGUCUCGACACGAAAGGCUUGUAUCUCAGAGUGCAAAGAUUCAAGAAGUUUCUAGCUUUGGUAGUGUACCAAAUGAACUAAAGCAAUACCUUGAUCAGCCUCUCAUGGGACGAGAGUCUGAUCCUGUACAAUUCUGGUUAAGCAGUAGACAAUUCACGCCUGUUUUAUCAGAAAUUGCUCUCAAGUACAUGACAUGCCAAGCUUCUUCUGUAUCUUCUGAAAGAGUAGCUUCUGUGGGUGCUCGCGUCUGGACACCCAACCCUCAAAAGGUAUGGGAGUACGCAGUGCUACUCGAGGACUACAGCUCCGAAAAGUCAACUCUUCAGCUGCGCAUCGAAGAUGGGGACGAGAUUCGCAAUAUCGACAUAAAAUCGGACAGCGACUUACCACCUCUGCGCAAUCCCGAUAUUCUCAUUGGCGAGAAAAACCUAACCUCGCUGUCGUUUCUGCACGAGCCCGGUGUUUUGUUCAACUUGCAGGUCCGAUUCCAGAGACACAGUAUAUACACCUACUGUGGAAUCGUGCUAGUGGCGUUUAAUCCAUACACUGAACUGCCAAUUUAUGGCACCGACACGAUAUGGGCAUACAGGGGACAGGCUAUGGGCGACCUCGAGCCCCACAUCUUCGCCGUUGCCGAGGAGGCUUACACCAAACUAGAGAGAGAAAGUCACGACCAAUCGAUCAUCGUAUCAGGCGAGUCUGGCGCUGGCAAAACAGUAUCGGCCAAAUAUGCAAUGCGCUACUUCGCGACGGUCGGUGGUUCGUCAAAAGAGACGCAGGUCGAAAAAAAGGUGCUAGCCUCGUCACCAAUUAUGGAGGCUAUCGGUAAUGCUAAAACCACACGGAAUAACAAUUCUUCGCGCUUUGGCAAGUUCAUCGAGAUCCAGUUCAAUAAGAACUAUCACAUUAUUGGGGCAAGCAUGAGGACUUACCUGCUUGAGAAAUCAAGGGUUGUUUUCCAGGCCAAUGAUGAGCGGAACUACCACAUAUUUUACCAGAUGUAUGCAGCUGCAAAACGUCUGCCACAUCUUUAUUUAAGUGAUCAAGAAUUCUAUUACUUGAACCAGGGUGGUAGUUUGGAAAUAGACGGUGUCAGUGACCUUAAGUGCUUUGACGAUACCACUAGCGCGCUGACGUUGCUCGGUUUUACGUCCAAACAGCAGGACGACAUGCUACGCAUUUUAGCAGCAAUAUUGCAUCUGGGCAACGUCAACGUGUUGAGUAGUUCGAAUGGCAAGGGUUCACAAGAUAGUGACAGCUGUCAUAUAUCGCCAACCGACAGACACUUACUAAUAAUGACAGAAUUGCUGGGUCUCGAUCUAUCGGCGAUGCGCAAAUGGCUGUGUCACCGUAAAAUAGUUUCGAUGCGCGAAGUAAUCCUAAAACCCAUGAGCACGGAACAGGCGAUCGGCGCCCGGGACGCUUUAGCGAAACACAUUUACGCCGAAGUGUUCGCUUGGAUCGUAGCCCACAUCAACGCAUCCCUGCAAGCGCCAUCCAAUGUUCAGUGCUUCAUCGGAGUCCUCGACAUCUACGGCUUCGAAACAUUCGACAUCAACUCUUUUGAACAGUUCAGCAUCAAUUACGCGAAUGAAAAGCUGCAGCAGCAGUUCAACCAGCACGUGUUCAAACUGGAACAGGAGGAAUAUUUGAGGGAGGAGAUUGAGUGGACGUUCAUUGAUUUUUACGACAACCAACCGUGCAUCGAUCUCAUCGAGGCGAAACUCGGCAUUUUGGAUUUGCUGGACGAAGAGUGCAGGAUGCCAAAAGGUUCGGACAGCUCGUGGGCUGAAAAGCUCUACGCGAAAUGCUCGAAGUCAAAGCACUUUGGGAAGCCGCGUUUCAGGACGUCCGCUUUUGUUAUUCAUCACUUUGCUGACCUGGUCCAGUACGAGACAACUGGAUUCCUCGAAAAAAAUAGGGACACGGUUGUCGAGGAGCAAAUAGAAAUUUUAAAGAAUAGCGACAACGCGCUUCUAAAGCAAUUAUUCUCCAACGAAGACCCCAAGCUGUCAGUACCGAACGUCAGGGUGAGAAUUUUGCCCCAGAAACCGAGUGCUCCCACGCCAAUGGCGAAAAACAAAAAAACAGUGGGCUCGCAGUUCCGUGACUCGCUGAACAUGCUGAUGGCAACGUUGAACGCGACGACGCCCCACUACGUGCGCUGUAUCAAGCCGAACGACUCGAAGAAACCGUUCGAGUACAAUCCACAGCGAGCCGUGCAGCAGCUCCGGGCUUGCGGUGUCCUCGAAACCAUCCGCAUCUCGGCCGCGGGCUUCCCCAGCCAACGCACCUACACCGACUUUUUCCAGCGUUACCGCUGCCUGUGCAAGUUCAAAGACAUACGCAGGGACGACCUGAGGGAGACUUGUCGCCGGAUACUCGGGGCUUACAUAAAGGAUGCGGACAAGUUCAAGUUCGGCAAGACGAAGGUACUGUUUCGGGCGGGACAGGUGGCCUAUCUGGAAAAGUUGCGAGCCGAUAGGCAGCGGAACGCCUGCUUGAUCAUCCAAAAGACGGCGCGCGGGUUCAUGGCCGCGUCGCGGUACCGCAAGAUCCUACGAGCGGUGCUGGGCUUGCAGAGACACGUGAGGGGUUACUUGGGGCGCAGAAAGGCUCGGGCGAUCAGGGAGACGCGGGCGGCCACGAGGAUACAGGCCUGGGUGCGGAGAUGGAUGUGCAGGAGGAGAUAUUUGGCGAUCAGGAAGACUACGCUGGCUUUGCAGACCCAUGCCAGGGGGAUGCUGGCCCGACGGAAGUUCAGGCACAUGCAGGACGUCGCUGCAGCUAUCAAGAUACAGAGGUACGCGCGAGGUUACUUGGCGCGACAAGCUUACAAGCGAAAGCUUCGUGACAUCGUGAUCGUGCAGUCCUGCGUGCGCAAGUAUCUGGCCAAAAAGGUAUUCAGGCGAUUAAAGGCCGAGGCUCGUAGCGUCGAGCACGUCAAGUCGCUAAACAAGGGCCUCGAGAUGAAGAUCAUUAACCUGCAGCAUAAGAUCAACGAAUUGGCGAAGGAGAAUCAGCAUAACAAGGCGAUACAGCUGGAAAUGGGUGAGAUGAAAACGAAGCUCGAGAGCCACAAAGCUUUGGAAAUGGAACACAAAAAGCUCAACGGAUUGCUUCUCGAAAAGGACAAGGAGCUAAUGGCGUUGAGAAAACAAGUAGAGGACGAGAGAAAAGAGAAGAUGGAGCUGAUGGAGGCCAAGGAGCGAAAGGGAACAAAAAGGGACGCGGAAAACCGCAAGCUGACGGAGGAAAACGAGCGUCUGCGUGCUGAACUGGCUAUCCUCAGUGAGCAGAUGCGCAGCAAGGAGCGGGGUGCCGAGGACUACGUCAAGUCACGCCUCGAACGCGAGAAAGACCUCCUGCUACUCGACCAGGAUCAAGAUCGGGGUGCCUACCAGCGCCUCCUCAAAGACUACUACGAGCUCGAGCAACGCAGUGAGAUGCUGGAACAAAAACUCGCGCGCUUCGCUCCUGGACACGCGAGGUCGCUCAGCAACGCGUCCAGCGGCAGUGGACAGAACAAUGCCGUUACCGAACUCGCUCAAGAUCACGAGAACAUUGACUUUGGUUACGGCUCGGUGAGAUCAACGGCGUCCUCGAGCACAGCGUACUCGCGAGUCGAGACGAUCGACUGGAACCAACAGCAGCAACAGCAACAGCAGAUUUUGGAAGGACAAGCAAAACGCUCGCACAGUCCCUCAGAGGUCAAAGUGAAUGGGCCAAGUCACGCACCGGUCGACGUGGGAUUGGUGCUAAAGCUUCAGCAAAAGCUCAAGGACUUGGUCAAGGAGAAUGGCCGGCUCAUACGUAUGGUGGAAGAUCUGGAGCGCGAGCCUUUCGACGACCCGCAUAGGACACAGGACUCGUUUCGGUUGCAGGAGAUGGAAAUGGAGAACGCCCAGCUCAAGAGGGAUUUGGGCUCGUUGAGGAAGAGCGUGGUCGAGGCUGACUCGACGACAAACGCUCCUAAAACACUGAUAGAACAAUUCGAAGCGUUACAAGAGGAGCUGCAACGCCGGCGCGAGGAGUGUAUUCAGCUACACAGUGUGUUGGCGGAUCAGAUGCGGCGCAUGAAGAGUGCCGGCACGAAUUACGGCCACGACGUGGACAUCGUAAAUGAGGACGGCGAGUUGGUACUCGCUUUCGAGGCUCAGAAGCAAAUUAACAGACAAUUGGAGGACGAACUGCAAAGGAAGGACAGAGAAUGGAAGUCACAGAGGGAGGAAUGGUGUGCAGAAAUUGACCGGCUGCAAGAAGAGAUCCAGAAACAGCAGAAAAUUCUCUCGGCCAACCUGAGCAAGCCAUCGCAAUCACAGUCCGAGAUCUACAUGCAGUACGAAAUUGCGAGGUUGACGUCCGAAAAUUUGGAACUUCAAGAAAAGUAUGACAAACUAUCCGAGGAAUGCAGGAAUUUCAAGAAACAGAUCAAGAGCCUUCAGAAGCGACUUUUAGAAGCAGGGCUUCCAGAGAGUGCAGAUUCGAGCAGCAAUUUCGGCAUAGUGUCAACGACAACGCAUUCGUCAGGUGAAAGCAACAAUAUAAUGCCUGUCAUCCGCAAAAAAGAACGAGAUUACGAGGGUAUGUUCGAGUUCAAGAAGGAGGACAUCAAUGCCAUCAUGCGUAACCUCAUCACAGAACUGAAUCCUCGAACGGCAAUAACUUUGCUGCCCAGCUUGCCGGCUUACAUACUGUUCAUGUGCAUCAGGCACACGGAUUUCAUCAACGACGAUGAGAAAUUUCGCGCGCUACUGACGGCCUACGUGAACACGACCAAGCGAGCCGUCAAGAGGCACGACGACUUCGAAUGGAGCGCGUUGUGGCUCAGCAACACGCUCAGACUGCUGCACAACAUGAAACAGUACUCUGGUGACAAGCCCUUCCAGAUCGAAAACACCCUGCGACAGAACGAGCAGUGCCUGCGCAACUUCGACCUGGGCGAGUACCGCGUGAUCCUGAGCAACGUGGCACUCUGGAUCUUCAACAACAUAAUCACGCACCUGAAAGAACAGGUCCAGCCACUGACGGUCCCUGCUCUGCUGGAGCACGAGGCGAUAGCCGGUCUGGACGGUCACUCCAAGCGGUCGAGGAGGCCGUCCUCGCAAGGCCACCAGCAGGAGUCAGAUCACACUCAGAAAAAGCUCAACAAGUUGCUCGAGGAGCUAAUGGCUAUCAACAAACAGCUCCAGUACCACGUCGUCGAUCAAGACAUCAUAGCUCAGCUGUUCAAGCAGCUGUUUUACUUUAUGUGCGCCAGCGCGCUCAACAAUCUGCUGCUCAGGAACGAAAUGUGCCACUGGACCAAGGGCAUGCAAAUUCGGUACAAUCUGAGUCACUUGGAGCAGUGGGCAAGGGACGAGCGCCUGACCAUAGCCAUAGACGCUCUGCAGCCGAUAGUACAGGCUGCACAGCUGCUGCAGGCGAGAAAACAGGACGAGGACGUCGACUCGGUUUGCGAGAUGUGCGACAAACUCAGUGCCAAUCAGAUUGUGAAGAUUUUGAAUCUUUACACGCCAGCCGAUGAAUUCGAGACUCGCGUGCCCGUGUUGUUUAUCCAGAAGGUGCAGGCCAAACUCAAGGAACGCGGAGAGAAUCAAGAGCAGUUACUCAUGGAUCUCAAGUUCACCUAUCCAAUCAGGUUUUCUUUCAACCCUUCUAAAAUCCGUCUUGAAGACAUUGAAGUGCCACAGGCGCUCAAUUUGCCGAUGCUCAAAAAGGUCUAA